GAAGUUGUAACACGACAGCGAUGGCGAUAACAAGUUAAUGACAUUUCAGACCAGAUUUUCUUAAACAUCUAAAAAAGGAAGCCUCGUUAAGCCACUCGUUCAUGAUUAACUUAGUGAAAUAAGUUUAAUCAAGAUGGCUUCCAAAAGAGUGAAUACUACUGCGACAGGAAGGCUGAAGCAGGACUACUUGAGGAUUAUGAAGGACCCAGUUCCUUAUGUCAAAGCUAUUCCUUUGCCAAGCAAUAUUUUAGAAUGGCAUUAUAUAGUGAGUGGUCCAGAACAAUCACCUUAUGAAGGUGGUAUUUACCAUGGAAAGUUGAUCUUCCCCAGAGAAUUUCCAUUCAAGCCGCCCAGUAUAUAUAUGAUCACCCCCAAUGGCAGAUUUAAAUGUAACACAAGGUUGUGUUUGUCCAUCAGUGAUUUCCACCCUGAUACCUGGAACCCAGCCUGGUCUGUGUCGACUAUCCUCACUGGGCUUCUCAGUUUCAUGUUAGAGAAAAGUCCAACUCUAGGGAGUAUAGAAACAUCAGAUGCUACAAAAAGACAGUUAGCUGCAGCUAGUGGGCAAUUUAAUCUCAGCGACAAGAUCUUUACUGAAUUGUUUCCAGAUGUUGCCGAGGGUAUACAAGAGGAGCAGAGGAAACGUGCGGAGGAGCUGAAGGAAUCCACGAACACUCGUCUUGUAAACAACAGAUCUAGAACCUCUAACGGGAACAACAAUGACCCCAACCAAAAUAAUCAGGGAAUCCUGGGAAGUGCGGUGGCCAACUUAUUUGUGAUAAUCGGACUUGCAGCAUUUGCUUACACUGUGAAAUAUGUGCUUCGUAGUGUGGUCGAAUGAUAUUAACUUUUUGUGGUGAUUAUUUGCUUACAGUGAAAUGACAUACAGCUGAACUACGAUAUGCACACUUGAGUGUGGAGUUGGUUGUACUCUGAUUGUGUUGAUACAAUGAAUAAUGCUAUGCUAAUCUGUUAAUAUCGCAAUUAUGAAACCGUACUUAUUUAUACAUUGACUGAUACUCCAUAGAGUGAUAUUUUUACUCAACAGCUAACACUUAAUUUCUUAAUUUUUUUUUCAAAUAUAAUUUCCUGAAGAGGGACGGAGUAGAAUCGUGUUUCUCUUGAUGCUGAUUGAAACUGUCUCCCUGAUCAGGUUUGUUUCAUGCUUAAUAAGACAUGUUGCUACAUCUUUCUGGUCAGUAAGUUGGACUGAGACCAGAUUUGAUGUAUGGUUUAUUUGUGAUAUUAACUGAAAUUUGAGAUGACUACCAUAGCCACCAUAGUAAAAGACUUGUUACUUCAAUUGUUUCGAGAUGCUACUUUGACUUGUCAGAAAAGUGCAAAGCAAGAUAAAAAUUUUCUUUGCAGAUAAAUCGGCUCUUCAUCUCUGCCGUAAGCAUGAUGUAAUUUAUUCUUACAUUAUAAGUUUGGUGAAGAGUUAUUUUCUUACGAAAAUUUUAUAGGCCAAUUGAAGGGAAUUUUUUUGCACUGAAAAAAUUUCUUGGGAACCAAAAUUUUUCUUUGACCUUUUUCCUAUGUAAGUCUGUUUGUUAAGGUUCAAUAUGGAGGACAGACAGAUUGAGUCGCAUGAAUCAAAAGAAUCACAGAUGGAAGAUCAAUUACCAUGAUGCUAUAAUUGUAUUCAAAUACACAUGAUCGUGUAAAACACAAUUUUAAUACUGUUUAGUUAUUUCCAAUCAUGAUACUGAUAGAACAUUUUUUAAUUUGUGGUAAAUUUAGUUUUAGUCAGUUUAAUCAGGGCAGCGGUUGUGAGACUCGGAUAAAUCCCGGUCUGAUAUCGGUAUAUGAUUGUUCCAUAAGUUAAUUUGUCAGGUCAGACUUGUAAGGAAAAAGCCAGGCCGGAUCUAAAAAUAACUGUACAAAGCCGUGUGGUAAAAUUGGGAGGACCCACAUGUCAAAUGACAGAGAGAGAGUAUAUUUUUUUGCCGUAAAUUGAUAGUUUAUAUUUCUGAAAAAUAUUCACCACAGAUUUCACCACAAAAUUCCAAGAACAACCCAGCUUACUCGUUCAACCUAUUUGUAUAUUACAUCUGUAUCCUUGAUGCUGCCCCUAGAUCGUGGUUGACAUUGAGUGGGAUUUUGGGUUUGGGAUGGCUACAAAGGAUAUCUUGUUUGAAAUAACAUGAAUAAUGCUUUACUGCUACAGACUUCUAUUGUAGAAAUGAGAUUGUCUUUAAAUCUCAAUUUUCCUAUUUCAUAUACAUGUAUUUCUUCCAAAACAUCAUAUUGAUUACAAUCUUAAGUUGAAGGUUUUAGCAAUGAACUAUUCAUGAAAAUUUAAGUAGACUUUGUUUAACAAAAAAUAUUAUGAUUAUAUGUGUAGCGGCCCUAGCGGGACUGUACUGGGUCGAUCAUCGGUGACCAGGUAGCUCAAUUGAUAGAGCAUCUGGCUAGUGUUCGGAGGUCCCGGGUUUGAACCCCAGUCUGGCCGCUACAUUUUCUCCUCUCCUGUUACAUAUCAAUAUGUUUACUUUGAAAUCUUUGCCUACUUGAGACAUACAAUGUAACAGUACAGAUUUCUGUGUCUGAUAUUGAUAAAACACAACAAUUGUCAGAUCAUGUGAUAAACUAUAUAAUUUCUAGAUAAAUUUAUAUAGUUUAUAUAUGUGAAUAUCCAAAAGAAUCCACUGUAACGUCCAAUAAGUCCAUGUGUUCAGCUAGGUUUCAGAAGGAUAACUAGUGGUUAUAAAACCCUCCAUGUUGAAAUAAAUAACAUAGAAACGAAGGGAGCAUCUCCUGAAGGCUGUUUGUUUUGAAGCUAUAUAUUUAUAAUAUUGCCUACAGCUGGUUAUCAAUAUGUUUUGGUCUGCUAGGCAGUAGGUAUGCUUUGUAACUUUGUAAUGUUUUGUUAGCCCACCAUCAUCAGAGAGUGGGCUGUGUUAAUCAAAUCUCCCUAUGUCUGUGGUCUGUCAAACGUCAUAUAUGUGUACACCGUCCAUCCGUUAACGAUCCUUGUUUUCGCUAUUUCUUGAAAAGGACUGGAGGACUUCACUUGUAGGUUCCCCUUGGUCCCUACUUGUGGCCAUUCAAGUUUGAGUCUGAUCAGGUAAACCAAAUGGCAGACAGACGGCCAUCUUGGAUUUUGACAGUUAAAAUUUGCUGCUGAUACCUUUCAAGUUCUUCUUCUUAGAUCCUUCUUAGACUUCAUAUGUAGGUUCCCCUUAAAAAAAAGCUUGUUUUCAAAUGAUUUAAAGGAUGAGCGAAAAGAAGGGAAAUUUAGAGAAAAGAUCAGUCUUUCACAGGACUGACAUGGAUCAUUCAAUGGUGGCCAUCAAGAUCCUUUUGGGAUCUCUUGUUAUUACUUAGUUAGCUAAGACAUUGUUAUAUAUUGUUUUUUGGUGAUAGCAUGUUGAUUAUAUUAGUUCAGUAUCAGAUUCUGUACAUUACUUCCUGCUUUGAUGUUUAUUUAUUAGGUUUCUUAUUUCAUUACUUUUAUUUUUUCUUUCUUUUGUUGAACGGUACUGGGAUACAUCCCAGCACUGUUUAUCAUUACAACCUGCCUAAUAAGUACACCUGUCCUCAUAAUCAUGCACCAUGCCAAUAUUAUUUUUGAAAAGAGGUUCUGAUGCUUAAUCAGAGUUUACAAAGGCUGCUUAAAUCACCAAUAUGUCAAAAGUCUGAUAAAAUCUUUGCAAUAUCUUGAUUUCACUCGGGUUUCAUUAAGCACUUCCCUUCUGUGAAUUCGUACAGGGUAAGUGCACUGUACACUUAUUAGGCAGAAAACAAUAUUAAUUUUUUAAUUAUGUUGAUUAAUUGGUUUGCUUUUUAAAUAUCUAUCCAGAUGUUAACUAAAAUCUACAUGUAUAAGUAAUCGUAAUGAGCUGAUUUUCAAGUUACCAGAGAGAAUAGUUUGUAUAUUGGUGAAUACUGGAACAAUUUGUAAUCAUUCCAGGGUUACUGUUCCCUUUCACUCCCUGCAUCCCUGGAAUAUAUAUCUGUCAUGGCAAAAUCUCAGGCUCUGUCGUCAUUGCCACCUCGUGGAUAAAACAUAAAGAAUAUGUAAAAGAUUGAUUCUUUGAUGUACAUGUAUAUCAAACGAACUUGAGAUUAAGCCAUUGUUCAAUUGACUGGCUCUGAACUUGGUUGUAGCUCCUCUCUGAUCUUCAAAGAAAUGCACAGACUUAGCAACUGCAGAGACCUAUAAUAGAACUGGACAGUUGUAUACUGUAGGUCUCUCACAAUUGGUCAAGUUUUUCUCUCCAACACCAAUCAAAUAUCUAGUUGUGGGUUUUCCAUUUUGCUAUGACAUAUUCCACGGAUGCAGAUCAAGGAAGUGAAUAGCCCCUGGAAUGGUGAGGAUGGGUUGAAGUGUUUUAUCGUGUUUACGGUGGUAUGAAUGCAGUGUGAAACAGAUAUACAUUAUGUACAAAGUUGUUCCCUUAAUAUUGAGCACACAUGUCUGUAACUGAUUGCAUUUAAACCAUCAUAAACAAAACGCUGUUCAAUCCCUAUGAUUAAGCAUAUGAGUAAAGUGAGAUUAUCUGUUUUAAGCAAUGAUUGACGAGGGGAUGGUUUCGUAUUUUCUAUUUUAACUACAGUGUAUACUUUCAUCAGUGAUGUGUAUAGCUCUACUUUGUAUUAUUUUAACUAGGCCACGAUGAAUAUAAAUUAUCACUGAUUCCAGAGAAAAUGUAUAGCUGUACUUUCAGGGCUGUUAACAGGUACCAUUUGAAAUCUUUUCAUUUUUUAGAAAUCUUUUCAUUUUUAAGUCAAAUUCCUAAAAUUCAGUUUAAAUCCUCAAAAAAUCUUUCAUAAUUCAGUAAAUUUCACUAAUUUUCUUCCCAAAAUAGGGACAAAAAGCCCCCAUUUUGUACUAUUGGUGUAUUGAACACUGCACUUAGAAUAACGGAAAAUACAGCAUAUACUUGUGAUGGGUUUAAUUAUGAUAUGGCUUCAUUUCCAUUUUCUUUACAUCACUGAAGUGUAAACAUCAUGCGAUCAUUGAUUUGUUUGUUAUUUAAGAAUAUUUGUCAAUAUGAAAAAAAAAAAAAUUGUUGAAUGAAAUGUACAGAAAAAAACAACAA